AUGGCCGCCUCGACCAACGCCCACUACAAGCUCCCCGUCGUCCGCAACGAGCCCAACCUGAGCUACGCUCCCGGCUCCAAGGAGCGCCAGGCCCUCCAGGACGCCAUUGCCGAGCUCGAGAGUGCCGCGCCGUUCGACGUCCCGGCGUUCGUUGGCGGCAAGGAGGUCCGCCUCGACACGGAGCGCUCGUCGCAGCCGAUGCCCCACAACAAGAAGCAGGACUUGUGCACGUUCGCCGCCUCGACGCCCGACCUCGCCUCCGAGGCCAUCAAGCACGCUCUCGCGGCGCAGCCCGAGUGGGAGUCGAUGCCGUUCAACGACCGCGCCGCCAUCUUCCUCCGCGCUGCCGACCUCAUCAGCACCAAGUACCGCGCCAAGAUCUGCGCCGCGACCAUGCUCGGCCAGGGCAAGAACGUCUGGCAGGCCGAGAUUGACGCCGCCGCCGAGCUCAUCGACUUCUUCCGCUUCGGCGCCGCCCAGGUCGAGCAGCUCUACACGCAGCAGCCGACCGAGAACUCGUCGGGCACGUGGAACCGCGUUGAGUACCGUCCGCUCGAGGGCUUCGUCUUUGCCGUGACGCCGUUCAACUUCACCGCCAUCUCGGGCAACCUCGUCGGCGCGCCCGCGCUCGUCGGCAAUGUCCUCGUGUGGAAGCCGUCGCCCAUGGCCACCUACUCGUCGUGGCUCGUCCUCCAGAUCCUCCUCGAGGCCGGCCUCCCCAAGAACGUCAUUCAGUUCCUCCCGACCCCGAACGGCGACGCCACCAUCUCGCUCGUCGACCGCGUCCUCGACCACCGCAUGUUCGCCGGCCUGCACUUUACGGGCUCGACCCACGUCUUCCGCCACCUGUGGAAGAAGAUCGGCAACAACAUCGACAAGUACCUGAGCUACCCUCGCGUCGUCGGCGAGACGGGCGGCAAGAACUUCCAGCUCGUGCACCCGUCGGCCGACGUCCGUGCGGCCGCCAUCGGCGCCAUCCGCGGCGCGUUCGAGUACCAGGGCCAGAAGUGCAGCGCGCUGUCGCGCCUGUAUGUCGCCAAGUCGCUCUGGGACGGCGACUUUAAGGAGACGCUCCUGUCCGAGGUCGCCAAGAUCAGCCAGGGCUCGGUUUCCGAGUUCCAGCACUUCAUGGGCCCCGUCAUCUCGCAGGCCUCGUACGACAAGUGCCUGUCCUACGUCGAGAAGGCCAAGCAGGCCGGCGGCGAGGUCCUCGCCGGUGGCUCGGGCGACGACUCGACCGGCUUCUUCGUCCAGCCGACCGUCAUCCUCACCAAGGACCCGCUCUCGCCGACCAUGACGGACGAGAUCUUUGGCCCGGUCCUCACCGUCUACGUCUACGAGGACGCCAAGUUCGAGGAGACGUGCAGCCUCAUCGACACCACGACGACGUACGCCCUGACGGGCUGCAUCUUCUCGAACGACCGCGCCGCGACCGUCAAGGCGACCGCCCUCCUUCGCUACUCGGCCGGCAACUACUACAUCAACGACAAGUCGACUGGUGCCGUCGUCGGUCAGCAGCCGUUCGGUGGCGCUCGUGGCUCGGGCACGAACGACAAGGCCGGCUCGCCGAGCUUCUUCACCCGCUGGGCCAACCCUCGCUCGAUCAAGGAGACGUUCGUCCCGCCCACGGACUUUGCCUACCCCUCGAACCUCGUCUAAAGCGUCGUGCUCUCGCCUCCCUCGUUCUCGGUCGUCGCUGUCCCUUGUAUCGUGUAACCAGCAGCCGCAUUACGU